GGGGUAGACCUUAAUGGGUCCCAAAGAAUGAAUGCAAUCAGAUGUAAAUCAAGCAGCCAAGUUAGCAGUCAAGUCAUGAUUCGCUUGGGACUAAUGCUCGUAUUCCUGCUUGUGGUUGCAGCCCCUAAGAAAUCAGAUCAUCCACAAAGGAAAAAAAAUGGUGCUGCUUUUCAAAUUUUUCAUGGUGAAAUCGAGAAGUAUGAGCUUUGUGUAAAACUGGUAAUGGUGUGCCGAAAACUGAAGGAUAGGGCGCCCGAUUACACUGAUUUUGAGGAGGAGGCGAAUGGCGAGUUGAAUGCUGAAGAUGAAGCUGAAUACAGAGAGUCGAAUUGCGUACCCACGGGUCUCUCAUCAGACGGAGAAAAAUAUUUUUGGCAUAUUGUCGCCCAAUGGCAGAAGGAAAUUGACGACAGAUUUUUAAUUCAGAACCUAUUCGUGGUGAUAAAGACGACCGACAACGGGCGAAAUACAAAGUUGGCUUUUGGCAAAUGGCAAGGCUGGUGCAACAGAACUGAUUUUCCGGACGAUUUAACAGAAACACCUGAAGAAGAAGAUCGCAGUGUAACGGUCUCACCCAAUCCACCCACAUUAUCAGGAACGCUACCACCAUCGAUAGAAUGCGAUGGGAAUAGCCAACAUGGCAAAUGGAUCUUUAACGAGGUCAAAGAAACCCGCAACUUGGGUAAAGUCGUUAGGGGGUUUUCAAACUUUUUGUUAUCCCUCGAAAAGUACGCGAGGACAAAGUGCUGUCCCUAUAGGACAGUCAGAGAUCGCUUGGAAAUCAUACACGAUGGCAUUGAUUUUUUACAGAACCUUCAGGGCAAAGAAUCCUCCACAAACAUCGAUUACACUGAUAUAAAUUCCGAUAUUUUCAAUCUCAGAAGCAGAUUAGAGCAGUUCAAUUACGAAACAUACAGAGAUGGUGGUGCCAAUUACUCGUCGGGAAGAUGUUGUCCCAAUAUUUUAGAUGAGCUGAACAGUUUCAAAAGUGAUUUUGUAAGAAAUCUGAAAUCUAUAGGCCCACAGAAACCAAACAUAGACUACAAUCCGUUUAUGGAAAAAGAAAAGAGAUUGCAAGAUAUGUAUUUCAAUCAACUUGGGGUUACUCGCGUACUAGAAAAUUCUAUGAGAAAUCUGAGUAGUAAGGAUACUUGUUGCGAUGAGGGAAAAUCAAAAAUUAACCAUAUAGAGCAAUUUUUAAAUGAUCUAAAGCGUGACCACUCUCUUGAAGAAUUAUCAAAAUUAAUAGACCCAUUAAAAGAAAGUCUGGCUUAUACCAAAGAAUCACUUUCAGGUACGGAAAGACUGCUUGUCUUUGAAGACGGAAAUAUCCAGAAACUGACCUUAUUAUGCGGAAAAGAAUGCCGUCAGGAUGAUCCAAAGUUAGCGUCUCUUCAGGGAUUAAUUUUUAAUGUGGACAAAUUGGAAAACAAAAUCAAUAACAUGAGUAAAUUAGGCUCUAUAAAUGUAUUACAAUCCGUAAAUUUGCUUAAUAUUAAACAAUCUAUAGACAUUGUAAACGACAUGGUCAAAGAUAGUUCUCCGGUAUACGCUAAUAUUACAAUUAUUAAAAAGAAAUUGAGGAAAAUUCGUUUUAGAAACAUUCCAAAAAAUUUAGACCAUUCUAGUUCAAGAAGAUGUUGUUUAAAGGAUUUGGUUGAAUUAAGUAAUCUUUUGGAAAAUAUCAAUAAGGCGCAAAACGAUACUAGCUUUUAUCAUGAGGUCCAAGAAAAUAUGGUAAAACAGCAAUUUCAAGAAAUUGUAGAUAAGCAAAACGAUUUGGAAGGAUCAGACCCUAACCCACCCAAUGAUUUACAACUUAUGAUAGAUCAAUUAGAAAGGGAUCUAGACAACUUAACAGAGAAUGGCAUUAACAAAUUGGACAGAGAAAUGCAAUACGACCAAAUAAAAUUCGAAAUAGAAAAGGAAAAGUUCGAUAGGGACGUCCAGGAACAGUUAAAAAAUAUUAAUCUUUUCGGAGAAGAAAUGAAAAAGGAACAAAGUCUAAUUGAAGAUCGCAUUGCCAAAUUUAAAGCUAAAAUGCUGGAAGCGCCAAAAGCUUAUGAAGAGAAAUUAAGCAAACUUGAGGCAAUAGCCCUUGAGUUCCCCGAGCAGAUUAAGAGUUAUGAAAAGGAUCUAGAGUCCCGAAUCGAUAUCCUGCAACAGCAACUUAAGGACCUGGACAAGGAGAUCGAAAACACAGAGCAUAGGGCAGACAUUUGCGACGGAGAAUGUGACUUUGGUGACCUUGACUCUGUGGACGAACUGAUUGAAAGGGUGCAGGCUAUUAAGGACAAACUAAGUCCAAAGUCAACGCCUGUCAAGAAAAAAAUCAUAUUUCAAGAUUUUAAUAAAAAUUGGAUUAAGAAAUUCGAAUAA